UCGCUCUACAACAACCCAAGGUGUAGCGGAGGAUUUGAACUUGGUUGUGUCAUUUGAAACUGAUUAUUACAGGCUGUGAGGACGUUUGUCAAGCACAGCAUUUAUUAAAAGUUUAGCCAGUUAUGGUAUGGAGACGAAUUCGAGCCAGGUGAAUGAGUUCUACAGGAGGAAGAGGCAGAAAGAAAAAGGGAAUAGCCGAAACGGGGCCCUCGCCCGACGGCGACACCUGCAUGCAGGUGCCGCCUCAUAAGCGGAAUCUGAACUACUUUUCAGUACCAGUGCUGGCGUUUUUUACUUUUAUAAGAAUCUUGACUUUAAAUUUUGGUGGACUCUUCGUCCGACUUUUCAAACGGAUACCCCGUGCUAUGGCGACAAGACCGAAACGGCUAGAGGAUCAGAGUUGCAAGGAGCACGAUGACAUCGGCGAGCAAAUUCGAAAUCAGCAUAAACAAGCUUUCGAGUACAUCUCAGUAGCGCUCAAAAUCGACGAAGAUGAUAAAGGGCACAAGGAGCAGGCUGUCCAGUGGUACAAGAAGGGCAUCGCUGAACUCGAGAAAGGGAUCGCCAUCGAGGUGACAGGAAAUGGGGAAACGGUGGAGAAAGCGCGCCGUCUCCAGACCAAAAUGAACAGCAACCUCCUCAUGGCCAAGGAGCGCCUGGAGCUUCUGGCCACGCUGCGCUCAGGGCCCUCUCAGGGAGACCUGUACACUGACAAUCUGAACCAGCCCUACCCCAACGGCCAUAUACACUCAGUGACGGGGGCGGUCCCCAAGAAGAGGGAGCCUGUGUCCCAGCCCAGCAGCCAGGCUCAGCCGCGGCCCAAAGCCCAGCCCAAGAGCCAGCCCAGCGGCGGGGGGUUCUCUGGGGCCCAGCGCGGCCACAACACCAGCGGCUACAACGCACGAGCAGCCUCCCACACUGCCAGCAACCACCGGGGGACUGCGGGGAAAUCAGGUAACCGUGGAAACGGCAAGCAGGCCACACCCACAUCGACGCCGGCGAGGAAGCGAGACAUGAAGAACUUCAAGAACGUGGACAGCAAGCUGGCCAACCUCAUCGUCAACGAGAUAGUGGACAGCGGCUCCUCGGUGAAGUUUGACGACGUGGCCGGACAGGAGCUGGCCAAGCAGGCCCUGCAGGAGAUCGUCAUCCUCCCCGCGCUGCGGCCAGAGUUGUUUACAGGUCUCAGGGCGCCCGCCAGAGGCCUUCUCCUCUUUGGACCUCCUGGCAACGGCAAGACCAUGCUGGCCAAAGCAGUUGCAAUGGAAUCAAACGCCACCUUUUUCAACAUCAGCGCUGCCAGUCUUACCUCAAAAUACGUAGGGGAAGGGGAGAAGCUGGUGAGAGCCCUGUUUGCUGUGUCUCGGGAGCUACAGCCAUCGAUUAUCUUCAUCGAUGAGAUUGACAGCCUGCUGUGUGAGAGGAGAGAGGGGGAGCACGACGCCAGCAGGCGCCUCAAGACAGAGUUCCUCAUUGAGUUUGAUGGGGUGCAGUCGGGUGGGGAUGACCGGGUGCUGGUGAUGGGGGCUACUAAUCGGCCGCAGGAGUUGGAUGAGGCUGUUCUCAGGCGAUUUGCAAAGCGCAUCUAUGUGGCGUUACCAACUGAAGAGACACGUCUGAAACUGCUCAAGAACCUCCUGGGGAAACAUGGCAACCCGCUGAUCCAGAAGGAGCUGUCCCAGCUCGCCAGAUUGACAGACGGCUACUCAGGGAGUGACCUGACGUCACUAGCUAAAGACGCUGCUCUUGGGCCCAUUCGAGAACUACGACCUGAACAAGUCAGAAACAUGUCUGCAAAUGAGAUGCGUAACAUCCGCUUCAGUGACUUUGUGGAGUCGCUGAAGAAGAUCAAGCGCAGCGUGAGCCCCCAGACCCUGGAGCAGUAUGUGCGCUGGAACCAGGAGUACGGGGACACCACCGCCAUCUGACCUGACCCCCCCUCACACUUCACCUUUGACCUCUUGACCCUGACUGACAUCUCACCCCGCCCUUCCUACUGCUGCUGCUGCUGCUGAUGCUCACCCUUACCACUAGGGGGCAGCGUGGGGGAGAUGUAGAGACUAAAAAGCUGGGCUGGCGGGGGAGAGGAAGCGUGCUUUGUUUUUGUUUAAAGAAAAACAAACAAUAAUAAUAAUAAUAAUUAAAAAAAACAAUCAAAACGGGUUCGAAGGAGAAAAGGAGAAGGAAAGAUGGAGGUGCGUUGGACUUUUUCAAACAUUUAACAGCUAUUUCCAAAAUAGGCUUCAGUUGAAACACACACACACACAUACACACACAUACAUACAUACAUACAUACAGUAUACAUACAUAUGCAUGCACACACACACACACACACACACACACACACACACACACACACACAGAUGCACCAGUUUUGUUUUUGUGUAUUUUAAUGUAUAUAAUUUGUCUCUCAGUAACCGUUUAGCGGUAAAGUUGACCUAUCCCUCGAAAUCACACACUCCUCAGAAACGCCUCAUGCUGACAAUGCCUUUGGGGUGAGGCAGAGAGGGCAAACCGAUUGCUUUCGUUCCCACUCUUGCAAAACUAAAGAAAAAAAUAAAACACAGUCACCUUCACCAGCGUCACCCAGUUGAACUAGAAUAUUCUACUACAACAGCCAGUGGCACAGAGGUGCCUGGUUAACAGAUGGCAGUGUGCAGAAAAGACUUGAACUGUUUGAACUUCUGACAUCCAAGCAACGGUCCUUUAAUGCUAUAGUACAGAUGCAUCCAAACAUGGGUCCUUACUGAAGUACAGGUGCAUCCAAGCAAGGGUCCCAAUAGUGCAGGUGCAUCCAAACAAGGGUCCUUCCUAUAGUGCAGGUGCAUCCAAGCAAGGGUCCUUACUGUAGUACAGAUGCAUCUAAACAAGGGUCCUUUAAUGCUAUAAUACAGGUGCGUCCAAGCAAGGAUCCUUACUGUAGUACAGAAGGUUCUAAACAAGGGUCCUUACUGUAGUAUAGGUGCAUCCAAACAAGGGUUCCUCCCUAUAGUACAGAAGGUUCUAAACAAGGGUCCUUACCGUAGUACAGGAGGUCCUAAACUAGCGCAAUCUAGUGCAGGUCCUGGAGGUUCCCACCUCAGUAGGUGUGGCACUAGCCUCUGUGCCUUAGUGCUUGGGUGGACAUAGACAUGCACAUGACAAACUCCUACUAAAUAACAGUGAAUGUGGGUAAACGUCGUCGUCGUCGUGAUUGGGGUCGUCCGUGUGUUUUUAGCCGCGUUCACACUUUAGAUGUUCUCAGAAGUGCACACAUUGGUAACAGUGCAUUUGGUGUACAGCUAUGAAGUGGUUUGAGGAAAUCUCUUUGUACCUGACACUUGGUACUUGCACUUGCCCAGUGCAGACAGGACGCCUGUCUCUGGACUAGAGCCGGCACUUCCAUGGGAAUAAGGCACCAGGAUUCAGGUUGCCUAGGUAGGAGACAUACGGGAGUAUUGUGCCAAUGGAGGAGAACGUUUAUCACUGUACUUGGCCUCCCUCUCACAUUCCCAGCUCAAGUCCAAGUUUCGAGUGAAAUUGUUGUUGUUGUUUUUUAAGCACUUCUUGUAAAAUAUGACUAUAGUAGUUAAUGUGUCUGUUUGCGGAGUGCAGUUUGCUGUGAGUGAAGCUAGAUGAAGUUAAAAAGAAAAAAAUAAAUAAACCAAAAGACUAGAAUGCUGCUCUGCUGGCAUAUUCGCUGUGUUCUGGACUGGUGGGUCAGGAGCCACAGUGCUUUUUGAAGAGAUGUAGCAUGUUUGAAGUGGAAGUGUGAUGUUUUUCACCCCCCCCCCCCCCCCCCCCCCCCCCAAAUGCGUUCAUCCCCGAUUUGCUUCUCUAUGGUUUGCGUAGAUUAAUCCUAUAGAAGUAUACGUGUACAGUGUACAGGACUGACAGUGCAUGCAGUGCAGCGGACCGCACCGUGUAGGUUAUUAGCGCCGUUUACAGUAGGUAUUUACUAGCUGCAAUCAUCUCAUCCAAUGAGCAGUGAAUGGUGUGUGUGUGUUGUGUGUGUGUGUGUGUGUGUGUGUGUGUGUGUGUGUGUGUGUGUGUGUGUAUAUCCAUAGACUUAAACAAAAAAUCUGUUCUGCAUCAAUUAAAUUUUAUUUGGGGGAAAAAACACAAUCUACAUCAUACUAUUUGUGUAAUGUUAAGUAUCUUUAAAUCAGGACAAGAAAACGUAAAAACUUGAUAUAUUGAAUCGAAAUCGAAUGGACACAUCAGCGCUUAACAUCAGCUGAUAUGGCGAGGCCUUUGUCGAGGACGGAUUAUCGGACCUCUGACUCUCUCCCCCCUCGCUCAGACGUAGGAGAUGACACAGUGUAGCGCUGUCGUGAUUCAGUAGCGUGACUACGGAGAGAUCUUGUUAAUUUAUACGACACUUCCUAAGUGCAGUCACACUGUCUUUGUACAGUUCCCUUGGUGAAACUCAAAGCAAGUUACUGUGCGCGAGCAAGUAAUUGGGUUUCUUGGGCAAACUCAAAGCAAGUUACUGUGCGUGGGCAAGUAAUUGGGCUUCUCCUGUAAACCCUCAGACUGUUUGAAAACACUCCAGAUGACAAAGACGUGAAUCAGACAAAACAACACCAUUGUUGUGGGCUUCUUGUUUUCAGUAAAUAUUUUCCAGGUUUAACCUUGACGAUGCACACAUCCUUGACCUCCUGCAGUUCCAACUCUCUAGGCAGGCUUCGGCGUCUUCUUUUAAAUCCAUGUCUUAAUCCGUUGUUGAGUCUUCCUAAGGACUUGUCUAGUAUAAAAUGAAGUGUGAAUGUACAGUAUGUCUUGUACACGGUUUAUUAUUUUUUUUUCAAUCUUCAAUCUUUUUUUUUUGUCUCAGAAUGUGGAAUAUGAUUGUAAAGUUGUGGGUACCGAAUACGCCUUAACUGCCGGUAUGACUGGUAUGUAAGCAAGCAUGGUAUUCUAAUAAAUCUAUAAACAAUU